GCGCCCUCCGGCGGCGGGAGGACCGCGCAGCGACCUCGGCAGCAGCGCCCUCCGGCGGUGGGAGGACCGCGCAGUGGCCUCGGCAGCAGCGCCCUCCGGCGGCGGGAGGACCGCGCAGCUACCGCGGCAGCAGCAAAGAUUAUAGAGGACAUCCUCUAAGAUCUUUGGGCAGCAGCGCCUUGCGGGAGGCGGAAGUGACGGGUCGUUUGUGUGGGAGUGAGGUGGCUGCCGCACCGCAGGGCCGCGCGCGGGUGGGGAUGAUGUUGGGCCCGGGCGGAGGGUCCAGUUACUUUUACCUUCUCCUGCUCGGCGCUUUUAGCCGGGUCAGCAUCGCCGCCGAGGUGUCCAAAUGGAGUGUUCCAGUUACGGAGUUGAUUUCUAAUCACACAUUCAGGAAGACUCUUUUCAACGACACAACAAUUUAUGUGCGCUUUCUCAGUGAAAAUAAAGCGUGUGAUUCCUCUCUGACGUUUAAUAUCUCCUGGUACCUCAGGUAUUCGCACUGCUACAAUGAAGUUUUCAGCAUGCCAGAUGAGCAGAAUGAUGUAUACUUUGAAAAUAACAGAGAAGUCCAUGAAGGAUGGUCUGGAAGCUAUGCUCAAAAUCACUUUGUUGUUAAGAACUGCACAGAGCUCUUUAAGCCACAGACUUACCAUCCAUCUUUGAUCCAAGUGAAGAAAUUGGAGCCAAUGAAGGAGAAUCCAAGAAGUGCACAAGAAGGCGACAAAGACAAUGCAACAAUUUUGCCUCCGGUCGCUGGGCAUGCGGAUCUUGGCAUAUUCAGAAGUUGGGAAGAUGGACCAUAUUUGUUCAUAAUUAAAAUCCAAAUAUCACAUAAGGAGGCAAAGAAUCCAGAAAGCAGUCAAAGCAUCAAAUCCACAGGAAAAGUAGUUGCUCCAGUGAAAAAUGACAGUAAGGGGAACGGAAAAACAAAGAGAGAAGCUGCAGCGACAAAGCAGGAUGAUUUGUCUCUCACAAUGAUUGUUGAAAUGAAAGGACAAUAUGAAUAUAUCUCUCCAGUUGACUGGCCUUGCAUGAUGUUUUUUAUGGUGAUGUGCAUCGUGUACGUGCUGUUCGGAGCCUUGUGGCUUUUCUGGUCUGCCUGCUACUGGAGGGAUCUGCUGCGAAUCCAGUUCUGGAUCGGUGCAGUCAUCGUUCUAGGAAUGGUGGAGAAGGCGGUCUUUUAUGCAGAGUACCAGAGCAUCCGCUACAAGGGAGAGUCAGUGCAAGGAGCAGCGAUUUUUGCGGAAUUACUCUCUGCUCUGAAACGAUCUUUGGCUCGUGUUCUGGUCAUCAUAGUCAGUCUCGGAUAUGGAAUUGUGAAGCCUCGUUUGGGUGCUAUGUUGCAUAGAGUCAUUGGUGUUGGCAUCCUUUAUUUAAUUUUCUCAGCGAUAGAAGGCUACCUUCGGGUUACUGGAGAGAAUCUCGACCUGGCCCUUCUGGCUUUUAUCCCUUUGGCUGUUCUCGACACUGCCCUCUGCUGGUGGAUAUUUAUCAGCUUGACCCAAACGAUGAAGAUGUUAAAACUGCGAAGGAAUGUUGUGAAGUUAUCCUUGUACAGACAUUUCACAAAUACGCUCAUCUUUGCUGUGAUAGCAUCAAUAUUUUUCAUUAUUUGGACAACAAAGAAGUUCCGGCUCGCAGACUGUCAAUCGGACUGGAGAGAACGGUGGAUAGAUGAUGCAUUCUGGCGAUUGUUAUUUUCCAUCAUACUGUUGGUCAUAAUCAUCUUGUGGAGGCCAUCAGCAAACAACCAAAGGUUUGCUUUCACCCCUCUUACCGAUGAAGAUUACGAUGAUGACCUCAAGGAGCCAAUGCUCAAUGAAGCUUUUGAGGGAAUGAAGAUGAGAGGGACAAAAGCAGAAUCCAAUGGCACUACAAAACUAAGUAAAGUGGAUGAAGAUUUGAAGUGGGUUGAGGAGAAUGUCCCAUCUUCCAUGGCAGAUGUAGCUCUUCCUGCCCUCCUGGACUCCGAUGAGGAAAUUAUGACCACCAAAUUUGAGAUUUCGAAAAUGGAGUGAAAAUGAAGAUGAGAAAGCACCACACUUGUUUUGAUGCAAUAGAUAUCCAGGAGAAUAUAUCUUUGGUCUGCACACAAACACUGGAAUUGUUCGGUGUCACGUGGUUUCAAUGGGGUUGGGUGGGAAGAAGAGUGUACUUUAUACGUUGAAGUGCAAUUCUGAUUUUUAUUUUUUAAAACCAAGUUAGUUAUUUUGCUCGUACUUGUCAUAGAUGUCUGAUUUGGAUGGGCUUAUACUUUGGUGUUCAGGUAAAUCUAAGGGCUGGUCUACAACUAUUCCUAAUCAAGCUGAUCCACAAAGGACAAGCCAGUUACCCUGUUUGCCCUUCCCUCUUCCUUUCCAACCCUAUGCUGCCAAAUGAAGUAUUUGUACUCCAGUACUCCAAAUUUAUUUUGUAUGGGACUUCUGAGGAAGGGUCAAGUUUUCGAGACACUGGACUGUACAGCCGGAUAUGUUAUAGAUAGCUAGCUGUGCUGGCACCUUGGAUGGCGAUUCCAAUCUCAUUGGAAGUGGUAUUAAAAUGAAGUUUUGUAAAUCUGGUUUUGGUGCAGCUUGGUAAAACUAUCAAGGGAGCUUUAUUGUGAUUUUGUCUCAAAUUAAAUAAAGAAUCGUAGGGGUUAAA